AGUUCCCCCAAGGUGCAGGAUGCUGUGAAGCUCUGAAGACAGAAGGAUCCGGAAGCGCAGCCUGGGGGAAAGGCUGUUUCUCUCUCUGUUCACACACAUGCAAAGGACACUCGCCCCAUGCCUGCAGCUGAGUCCCUGGGGGUGUCGGCGAGCCGGGUCCCCGGAGACGAGGCAGGCUGCUGAGCCAGGGCUGCCGAGACAUCUGAGGACACAGGCGGCGUGACAUGCGAUCCACUGCAGCAUCAAACUAAGAGCCCAGCGCUGGAAGGGGAGGAGGAGGGGUGGGGAGAAGCUGCGAAGCCAGCGCCGGGCUCGUAUCCUGCCGGCUUCGCAUCCUUCCCCGGCCCAGGUGGCGGGUGAGUGGAGAUGUCACGGGAGGCGAUUGUUUGCUGCAGGCUGGGUCAGCGUGGCGGAUCGUGACCUAGGGGGAGAGCAGCUCUACCCGAAGCAGCCAGGAAGCAGCAGCCGCCACCAGUAACAGCAGAGAAACUUUGACAAAACUUCUGCAGAUCCCACAGCCAGGGAAGUUAUGAACAACUGCAAGUCCGGAAGUGAAAAUCUACAGGGACUGUGACAAGAAGUAUUUUUAUUAUUUAUAUAGAUGUGUCUAUCAGCAUUCUGCGUUUUCAUCCAAAGAAUAAAGGGAAAUGCCAGCUUUGCUGAUGUUUCAUGGUGAACAGAUGGCAUUCAAAAAGAGGAAGGACUAAAUAUCUCAUCUUUAAAAAAGGAGAUGAUUAUUUAUUGAACUCAAGACUUUUUUUAAUCCAAAGAAUAUAUGAAUGAAAGAUUUCAUCUGACAUUAUCUGGAGAAUAAGAAAAGGCCCCUUGCUUCUAAAGUGCAGCUAAAUCCAUAGAAGCAGUAGUGAUAAUACUGAAAUUCAAACAGAGACUUUAUAUGAUGAAUUUUCUAUCCUAUGGAUAUCAUUUUUGAGAUUACAAAUCAGGAAGAUCUAUAUUUGAUCUAGCACCAUAUCAUUUCAAUGCCUAAUCUUCCCCAGGAUUGCUGGAGUGUCCUAGGAAUUGCACUGGUGUUGUAUGCCAUGGGCUGUAUUCAGAGUAUUAGCUGCAAAUCCAAAGUUUUCCGGGAAAGUAUUUCAGUGAUUGAAGUGAAAGCCUCCAUCGAUCCUGUUCCCACCAGCAUCGACGAGUCAUCCAGCGUGGUUCUGCGCUACCGGACCCCUCACUUUCGAGCCUCUGCCCAGGUCUUGGUACCACCUAUCCCCAAGAAAGAGACCUGGAUCGUGGGUUGGAUUCAAGCAUGUAGCCAUAUGGAGUUUUACAACCACUACGGGGAGCAGGGAAUGUCGAGUUGGGAGCUCCCAGAUCUGCAAGAUGGCAAGAUCCAGGCCAUAAGCGACUCGGACGGCGUGAACUACCCCUGGUACGGCAACACCACAGAAACCUGCAUGAUCGUGGGACCCACCAGGAAGGAAUCCAAGUUCAACAUCAGUAUGAAUGAUAACUUCUACCCAAGUGUCACAUGGGCGGUGCCUGUGAGCGAGAGCAACGUGGCAAAACUCACGAGCAUCCACCGGGAUCAAAGCUUCACCACCUGGUUGGUUGCCACCAACACAGCCACCAGCGAGAUGGUGAUCCUGCAGACUAUCAAGUGGCGUAUGAGGCUGGGCAUAGACGUGAAUCCCAGCAGACCCUUGGGGCAGCGUGCAACGCUGCAGCAACCCUUUGCUCAAGAGCAGCCCCAGGUCCUUAGCAAGAAUGAGCCAAUACCACCCAGUGCCCUUGUGAAACCCAAUGCCAAUGAUGCUCAGGUACUCAUGUGGAGGCCAAAGGACGGGCCACCACUAGUGGUGAUCCCUUCAAAAUAUCGGUAAUAGCAACCUGGCAUCCCGGCACCAGAAGGGAAGAAAAUAACCCUGCACUUAGAUACUUUUAGAAUCUAAGCAAAAUUGAGAUGCACUUUUUAUUCAUUCAACAGAAAUGCAACCAUUCUACCUUCUCCCAUUGGGACGGAUCUCACUGUGCUGAAGCUAAAGAGGAGACCUUGACCAGGGUCUGUCUCAUCACCUGAUUCCCUAAGGGAGGAAUCAGCAAACUAAACUUUAUUUCUAGCCCUGUAACUUUCUUUUCUUCCUGACUUUAGUUAUGGUUUGAACUUCAGUCUCAUUAGCUCACCCAGAUUGUCCAGAACAAAAUAAGAUUUUUAUCGGGGAUUUUAUUAUGUUUGGUGGGAGGAAAGGGAUUUUUUUUUUUGUCCCCAGAAUGAAACUCAAGUUCCUGGAGCUAAACGCUGACUAUUUAUUUAUUAUGCAUUUUUUUUUAAAUGAUAAAAGGUUCUGAGUUGCAAACCUAAGUCAUGCGGCCUUAUGUAGACUUUGCUUUGCAUUGCCAAACUUUUGCCUUAAAGCUGUGUUUGAAAGAAAAUUUAAUCUCACCAAGCAGAAUCUCUUUUCUACAAGAUUUUAGGGAGGGUCAGGGGAAGCGUUCUGGAGGAAGGGAUAGAUUGUCAGUGUAUCAAGUGAUGAGGAGGAAGGAAUGAUAAUGGAAGAAACCAGAUUAAAAAGAAAACCUUCCUGGUUUUAAACAUGGAACAAGAAAGCAUGGAAAUAAACCCAGCUCAAACCCAGUUGUUUUGCUGUAUGAGCAGAAAUGGGACUAGUACUCACACAGUUGCAAUGCAAGUAACAAGUUUGUUAGAGAAACGUCUGUGGACGAGAGCUGCCAGGCCCCUCACUGCUCGAUAGAAGGGGUCAUCCCAGCCUUGCAUUGCUAAAGCCUUCUGAGCUGAGCCUCUUUUGGCAUGAGAAUACGGGACAAUCCAGACAAUGGUGGGAACGACUGGAGAUGUGGUACUCAAAAAAACACAAAUCAGGGGAAUUAGUUCCAUCUUGCUUGCCCUGAGGAGAUGACUUUCUCCUUCCAAACGAGCCCACUAUUAUUUCCCCCUAGGCUAUCGUGACUGGUGGGUCACACGCAAACUGUAAUAUAUGUGGGGUCAAAUUCUGCCAUCGGUUACUCCCAUGAAACCCCAAUGAACUCAUAACAGGUGGGGUGAGAGGAGCAAGAUACAGCAGAACCCAUCUAAAAUCACUGGGGCUGCAUGGGUGUAAAUGAGGGCAGCUGUUGUCUCUGACCCAGGAAGAAUUAUACCUGUGAAAAUAAUAUGCACCCUUCCUAUUAACAGUGAAAACAAAAAAAAGUCUCCUCUUACUAUAGCUUUAGUGCUCACCUGGGCUGAUGGAGAAGCAGCCUUAUGGUCCCACCGGAUUCAGAUAGCUUUCAGUGAUAAGGGUUGUGGGUGAUGACAUAGCUGCAGAGAUAUGGUGGAAGCAUACAUGUGUAAGCAGGCGACCCCUAAGAAGAUGAAAAUAAUGCAAAAUCUGCAUCCUGCAGGGAGGAUGCUCCGGGAAGUCAUGUCUGUUUGGAACAUAAGUCAGGGCCCUAAGAAAUCAUUUGGUGGAUCUCCUAGGUGGCCUCAGAGACACCACCAGUAUUUCUCCAAAGACAGGAAGCAUGAAAAGGAGGCAGCUCGACUGAGAUGUGUAGCUGAGGAGAGUUUAGAAAUGGAGGAACUUGUAUGGUGGAGGCAGUGUGGGCUGGAGGACAGGGCAGGGGCUGGGAGGAGAAGACCUACCUUCUGUUUUCAGCUCUUCUUGUAUGGCCUCAGGUAAGUCUCUGACUCUCCACUGCACCUGUAAAAUGAGGAUAGUGACACUUCCCCUUCCCGAGGAAUUGCUUAGGGACUAGGAGUGCUCACAUGUUCUGUACCUGGCUGGUCCCUGCUCAGCUGGUCUCACCGGGACUCCACAAGACUCCCAUCUGGAUCUGCCAUUUUCCACGCUAUGCUCCAAGCAGCUCUGUCUCUCCCCCACACUCAUCGGCUAGCUGCUAGCAUUGCAGCCAGCCUCCAUGCACACUCUUUAAAGAGUUCACCAGCAAGACAGCCUUACGAUAUACCAGGACCCUCCCUACUUUGUGUCCAACCCCUUUAUUUUGGCAGCAUGCUCAAAUGCAACCCUCCCGCUCAGGGACCAGAAGCCUCAAUGCCUGCUUCCAAGCCCCAGCAUCCCACAUGACAGCACCUAUAGUCAUCCUUCAUGUCACCAGACUCAGUUGAUUCCCAACAGCAGCAGUGUUCAUGGGCAUUCCGGGAGAGACUGCUUCAGAUGGGAUUUGUCCACAGAUGCCUGCACUCUUCCCAACAGGCAGAUAUCUGACGCAGGGAGCCAGUCAUUAGAUGCAGUUUGCCAACCAACGGCCAAAGAAGGCUUAAACCCAGGCCUUAGAUCUAGAGAGGAUGAUGAUUCAAGCUUGAGAGACCUUGUGGUGUGCGUGGUGACUGCCUCCAUCAUUCUUAAGUUCCCCUUUCUUAUGUCUAAUCAGCUCCCAGCUAUAGCUUGACUUGUACAGACCCUUGAGACUUAUCCAUAUUCUCUCCCGGGCAAUACCACGCAAUAGCAAAUCACUGAAUACGGCAAAACCUCUUCCUGGUGCGUCCGGACUGGUGAUAGUUGGGAUGGGCCCAAGUGGUGAAGCUUGCAUCCAUUUCUCAGCAGCCCCAAAGUUUAGUGUGUGCACGUUGGGGAAGGAAGGGGGAGGUGUUUUUCAGGCCUGGCAUUAUUUUGAGCCUUUUUCUGAAGUGCUGAGUAUUUGCAGCUACUUUUGACUUCAGUACAGGUUGUGGGUUCUCAGCACCUCUGGCACAAAAAAUCAGAACACUCCUUCAUAAAGCUAGUUAAGACAGUGGGUUCUGAGGAAAGAUUUCUUCUCCUGCUCAUCCGAAAUCACAUUCAGGGAAUCCUCAGGCCAUAUUCCAUUUAGCGUGGCAUUAGGCUUAGUCUCUGGGUACAUGAAACAAGCCAGAUUCCUACUGCCUAUCUUGCUGGAUUGGAUACACCCCUGCAAUUUGACAUUAACCUCCUUGCUAAGACUUUCCUGCUGCACUGAGUAGACCUGGCUGGGCAGUAAAUGUGAGAAUGAAGGUUCAUGUCAGGGGUCAGUUUUGCAUAGCCUUUGCAAGGCCUUUAACUCCCACUCCAUCCCAAGAAUGCCUCUCCUGUUUCCUUGUUGGAAACAUCCCUCCCUCCUCCCUUUGUGCUGUCAGAUGCUGGUGUAGAAAAAGGACACUGCCUUUUUAAGACUUCAUGCUUUGUGAUUAAAUAAGUGAUGUUUUUCCAAUGCUGCUCCAUUACGAAAACUGCUGAGGACAGAUUGAGCCAACACAAAAGGGGUGGCGGCUGGAAAUGAAAAGUGCUAUGCACACCACUAUUUAUAUGGCUGGUUAAUAACGCAAUAGCCAUAUAUUUAGAAUUGCUGUGCAUAGCACUUAGCCUCUCCUUUGGUACUUGAAUCUUCAGGGCACCAGCUCAUGCACUGAGUGGCUGUGAUCAGCAGCGGUAAAUACAGCUACCUCUCUAUUAGGGUAGCCAAGCAAUUGAUGGGAUUGUACGAGGGACGUGUCCUGAAGGAAGUGCAGAGCUAAAGCUGGGUAUUGCUGGAAACAUGAGCUAUUGCACCUCUGGGUACAGAUCUAGUGCGCAACGUGAGUGUGGUAGCUCCGGUGAUCCCAUCUUACUCCUCUCAUGAUGGGCAGUUCUCUAUGGCUCCAAGCUAGUGCAUGAGCUGAAAUGUGCCAGUCUCUGCUCAGGAAGAACUGGGUCAGUCUCUGCUGCAUGUCAGGAGAGAGAGGAUGGGCAGAGAUGCGGAGGGACCAGGAUGGAAACAGCAAGGGGUCCCUCAUGUUAACUUCCAUCUCCUGCACACUGAAAGGAGGCAGGACUUCAUGGCUUCUUGUUCACUAGCAAACCACGUGAGCGAUGGCACAUGGAUUCCAUUCCUGGCUUUCAUUAUGUUUAUAUGUACCAGCUAGCAUGGCAAGAAGCAGCAGAGAGCCUGCAAUGAGCUCAGAGAAAGGCAGUUGGAUUAGGAUGGUGCUUUGGCCGGGGGAGAGAAGGGUUACCUUAGAC